AUGUAUUCCUCCGCUCUUUUUCGUGCACCCUUAUGGGCUACACUUGCUAGCGCCGGUGUAGUCGUGACGAAAACUGGGCAGGCUCCAACCGGUUAUGAGGUGCAGUUCACCUACUUUAACGACACGGCCACUCAAGUUACCAUUGCUGGCGGCCUCCAGACCUUUACCGACGAGUUUCACGUCAGCGCCCAGGCCAGCGCCAACUAUGACCCCAAGAAUUACAAAUCCGGGUGGUUCCGGUCCCUGGGUCUCGCAACGGACACACCCUAUAACAUGACUUCGGACGGUCAGGGGAACUGGCAGUAUACAACGCCUCUGCCGUCGGGCACUUACCAGUAUGCCUUCGAGGUUGACUGCUACAACGUGACCGAGUGCACCCUGAGCACUGGCCGUGGAAGCGUCUUACCGGGGAACGAUCAAGACGCUCAACUACACGUCGCCAGGGUCUAUUCACCCAGCGGUAGAUGUACACGACUUCACACUUUACCUGCCAUACGGCUAUGGCGCAGAUGCAGAAAAAGAGUAUCCCCUCCUAUACCUGUCAUAGGUCAUAUCGAACCCACCGUGGUCGUAAUGCCGUCGUUUUACAAUCUGGCCCCCGAGUAUGCUUUCCAGUAUGGGUACAGCACCAACGGGCAGACCCCAACCUCGGCCUACAUCCGUGAGAACUACAUGGAGUACCUGUUCCCGUGGGUAGAGGAGCACUACAACGUGACCACAGAUCCCGCUCACCGCGCCUUUGCCGGCCUCUCGCUCGGAUCGCUGCUGACCUACGAAAUGUACAUCAACGCGACAGACUACUUCUCGUACUUUGGCAUGUUCUCGGGCGUGCUAGGCCCCGGCACCCCGGCGGACCAGUAUAUCAACGCAUCCAUGGUGGAGGCCAAGCCGUCAUACCUUGAAAGGGGAAUCUACACGGGGGUCGGGCUCUUUGACAUUGCCUUCGAGGACGUGCGCAACCUCCAGGCGGCGUUCGAUACUGCCCGAGUGCCCUAUGUCGGCCGCGUCGUGCCCUUUGGGUUUCAUUACUGGAACACCUGGGCCGACUGCUUGUGGAACUUUGGUCAUCAGGCACUGUGGAAGCCGUUGCCCUUUGCACCCACCGAUACGGUAUCGUUCCCGUUCUAG